AUGCAGAGAACCGCUGAGGACAUUUCCCACGAGGCCACUGGCCACAAGGCCAACCUGAGCAACCCUAACACAUCCGACGCCUCGAAGGAGCACAGCAAGAAGGUGCUCGAGCAGCUCGGUGGUGAGCAAGCCUUUUACGGCAAGCAGGGCGAAGGCGAGAUUGAUCAGAACCCCGGCAAUGUUGCUGGCGGUCUCAAGGCUGCUAUCAACAACCCUGAGGACAACGAGCAUUACGUGUCUGAAGAGGGCAAGCAGCAGGCCAAGGACAAGCUGAACAGCAUGCAGUAA